AUGAGCGAUGUAAUUGUACCACGGAGCUUUCGCUUGUUGGACGAGCUGGAGCGUGGACAGAAGGGAAACGUUAGCGAAGGAGUGUCUUUCGGAUUGGAGAAUGCCGAUGACAUUACUCUUUCGAAUUGGUCUUGCACUAUAUUUGGGCAACCGGGGACUGUUUUCGAGAACAGGAUUUAUUCGCUGACCAUAUUUUGUGGCGACAGCUAUCCCGAUGCGCCCCCCACGGUGAAGUUCGACACGAAGAUUGAGAUGUCCUGUGUGGACGGCGGCGGCCGGGUCGUUAACAACAAUUUGCAGAUUUUAAAAAACUGGAAUAGGAAUUACACCAUCGAGACGAUUCUAAUCGCGCUCAGACAGGAGAUGCUGUCCAGUGCCAACAAGAGGUUGCCGCAGCCCAACGAGGGAGAAAUGUACUGA